AUGGCAGUUCAAAUGGCCUGGGCGGCGCAAUGGGCUGCUCUAGGACCAUACCUGUCUACGAUGCUGCCCAACACCGCUGUCCAGCUCACCCAAUUUAUCGGCCCCGUCGCCGGUGUCAUUGUCGGACCCAGCGUUGGUGUCUUCAGUGACCGCACCACCUCUCGUCUUGGACGUCGCCGUCCGUACCUCAUUGUCGCCGGUAUCCUCAGCGUGAUAUGCUGGAUUGCUAUGGGCUACACUCGUGAUAUCGGUGACGCUCUCGGUGACCACGGUGACGGUACUGACGGUGAGACUGACCGUACAUGGACGUCCGUAUUCACUAUCAUUUUCUACGCCUGGAUGGACAUCACUGUCAACAUGGUCCAAACUCCAGCUAUGCUUCUUAUUGCCGACUUUGCCGGUGACCGCCAGACAACUGGUGCCGCUCUUGGCCAGGCUUGGUCGACUCUCGGAGCCAUCGUUAUUGCUGUAUACAUCGAAAUCUUCGGGGCCGCCUACAAGACGCUGCACUGGUUUUUAGGUAUGCUGUCUGUCGUUAUGAUCAUCUGUAUGGCCGUCGCCUGUUUCUUCGCGCACGAGACCCCACUCGAUCCCAACCAAGUGAAAAAGUCAUCCGCCUGGGUCCAGGUGAAGGGCGCUUUCUACUCGGUGUACCAGGGCCUCAAGACUCUGCCCGCUGCUCUUAUCGUGUACUCCUUCGGCUUGUUCUUCGUUUUGUAUGGCUUCACGGCCUACAACGGCAACAAGGGACAGUUCUUUGGUCUUGAGGUGUACAGCGGUACAGCCACCAACGCAGACAAUUGCGAUCCCUGCUCUGAAGCCCAGAACGCAUACAACGAAGGCGUCAGUCUUGCCGGCGGAACUGCCGACCUUCUAUACAACAUCGUAGGCUACGUUUACGCGUGGUGUAUCCCGUUUUUGGUGAGUAAGUUCGGUCUCAAGUGGGUCCUCACGAUGUCGACCAUCCCGCAGAUGCUCCUUAUGAUCAUGGCUUGGGUCGACAACAAGGGCUUUGACGUGUUCGUUGCUGCUAUCACGGGCAUCACCUCCUCGAUUUGGUUCUCCUGCAUCGUACCGGUUGUCAUUCAUGUGAUGGGGGAGGAUGUGGACAUCGGUAUGUACGUUGGAGCAUUGAACUCUGCCAACUGCUUUGGCCAGCUCCUCAACUACGCUAUUGGUGCUGCUAUUGUCAACACCUCACUCGGUUACAAACUACCGGUGUUCCUGGGUGGUGUCAUGACCGCUCUUGGAUUCCUCGUCUCGGCCAUCUUCCUGAAGAUCAAGAUGUACAGCUUGUAA